GCCUCGGGCUCUCCCCUCCCUCCUCGCGCUGCGGCGGCGGGCGCUCUAGGUUUGGUCCAUCAGCGAGGUGGGCGGGGGCUGAGGUGCUGCGGGGGUGCGAGGCGAGCGAUCGGACCAGAAGGAGGCCGGCGGCUGCAGGCGGCCCCGGUGCUGAGGGUUUCUCCAUCUGAUCUUGCAAGCAAGGGUUUAUUAUCGGAGAGGACAGAUGAUCCUAUUGUGACCAAGCAGUAUUUAUACAGUAAUAAAUACUAGAAUUAAUCUGAUAUAUCAGAUGGAAGGGGGAAUGGAGGCAGAAUGCAGGCCAACCUAUCACUUUGCUCUACAAGGAGGCCAUGAGGGAAAGUAAUUAGGCACUUUGUGACAGAUCUGCAUCUGCUUCCCCAACAUCAUUGGAGUACACAGUUAUUAAAAGCAAAGUGCCAGCUGAAUAUCACUUUACUCCAGAAGCGAUCCCAUUGUUCCUAAUCUUUUCCCAUUGCAAUGGGACUACCUUGUGAAAUAGGGUAUUACUCAAUGGGAGCUUAUCUGCGGUGCAGCUACUACCUUUUCCCUUCUAUUGGGAAUCUCCACUGUUCUGAGGGCUGUCAGAGAAGACACUACUAAUUAAAUAUAAGCACUUCAAGGGUCUGAAGAGUCCUGGAAGCUGAUAGGCUGUGAGGAGGUACUUGUCCUGCCUGCAGAACACUUUUCUCUACUGAUAAUGCAAUUCAAUGGAGGAAAGUAAUGUUUUGAUAAGCAUGCGUGAAGAUCAUUCCUUUCAUGUUCGCUACAGAAUGGAAGCUUCCUGUCUGGAGCUGGCCUUGGAAGGCGAGCGAUUGUGUAAAGCAGGAGAUUGUCGAGCUGGCGUGUCUUUCUUUGAAGCUGCAGUUCAGGUUGGAACAGAAGAUCUAAAAACACUUAGUGCUAUUUACAGUCAGCUAGGCAAUGCUUAUUUCUACCUGCAUGAAUAUGCAAAAGCCCUGGAAUACCAUCACCAUGAUUUAACGCUAGCAAGGACCAUUGGAGACCAACUAGGUGAAGCUAAAGCUAGUGGUAAUUUGGGAAACACCUUAAAGGUGCUUGGGAAUUUUGAAGAUGCUAUUGUUUGCUGUCAAAGGCACCUAGAUAUUUCCAGAGAGCUUAAUGACAAGGUUGGAGAAGCAAGAGCACUUUAUAAUCUUGGAAAUGUGUAUCACUCCAAAGGAAAAAAUGUAGCCUGUGCUGGGACUCAUGAUCCAGGGGAACUUCCAGAUGAAGUAAAGGCUGCAUUACAAAAAGCUGCAGAUUAUUAUGAGGAAAACUUGACAAUAGUGACAGAGUUGGGUGAUAGAGCAGCCCAGGGACGUGCGUAUGGAAAUCUGGGGAAUACACAUUACCUUCUAGGCAACUUCAGGAAUGCUGUUAUAGCCCAUGAACAGCGUCUCCUAAUUGCAAAAGAAUUUGGUGAUAGAGCUGCUGAAAGAAGAGCAUACAGCAAUCUUGGAAAUGCCUACAUAUUCCUGGGCGAGUUUGAAACAGCUUCUGAAUACUACAAGAAGACACUACAACUGGCUCGACAGCUUAAAGACAGAGCUGUGGAAGCACAGGCUUGUUACAGUCUUGGAAAUACAUACACUUUGCUCCAAGACUAUGAAAAAGCAAUUGACUAUCAUCUGAAGCACCUUACAAUCGCUCAGGAACUGAAUGAUAGAAUUGGUGAAGGAAGAGCGUGCUGGAGUUUAGGAAAUGCGUACACAGCAUUAGGAAAUCAUGACCAAGCUAUGCACUUUGCAGAAAAACAUUUAGAAAUUUCAAGAGAGGUAGGGGAUAGAAGUGGAGAAUUAACAGCUAGACUUAACCUCUCAGAUCUUCAAAUGGUGCUUGGUCUAAGCUACAGCACAAACAACUCCAUGAUGUCAGAAAUCCAUGCUGUAGAUAAUAGUUUGAAUGGUGCAAGAUCCAGAGUAGGCCGCCGUCACAGUAUGGAAAACAUGGAACUUAUGAAAUUAACACCUGAAAAGAUUCAGAACUGGAACAGUGACAUUCUUGCUAAACAGAAACCCCUGGUUGCCAAACCUUCAGCAAAGCUGCACUUUGUAAAUCGACUAAAAGGCAAAAAGUACAAAAAUGGCAAAUCCUCCAAAGUUCUGCAGGAUGCUAGUAAUUCUAUUGAUCAUCGACUUCCAAGUUCUCAGAGGAAAAACAGUCCUGAUAUGACUGGAGAUGAAGGGUUCUUUGACUUGCUGAGCCGGUUUCAAAGCAACAGGAUGGAUGAUCAGAGAUGCUGUUUCCAGGAGAAGAGCAGAACGACAGCUGCAACAUCAUCCUCCACCCCACCUAAAACAAUGAGAAAAUCCUUUUCUACUUCCAUGGUCUCACCGCACACUGAUGAAUUUUUAGAUCUACUUGCAAGCUCACAGAGCCGCCGCCUAGAUGAUCAACGAGCCAGCUUUAGCAAUUUACCUGGGCUUCGUCUCAAUCAGCACAACAGUCAGUCAGUCCUUGGCCACCUAAUGGCUAGCAACAACAGAGAAUCAGAUGAUGACUUCUUUGAUAUCUUAAUAAAAUGUCAAGGUUCCAGAUUAGAUGAUCAAAGAUGUGCUCCACCAUCAACUGCUACAAAAGGACCAACUGUACCUGAUGAAGAUUUCUUCAGCCUUAUUUUGAGAUCACAGGCCAAGAGAAUGGAUGAACAGAGAGUCCCUUUACCCUCCAGUAUAAAGAGACUAAAUCCUAACGAAGACUUUUAGAAAGAGAAGCCUUGUUGGAAUUUCAACUAUAGCACAAAGAUUAGGGGGUCGGCUUGUACUGUAUUUUUUAACAAAGAAUCUGUCACUUUCCUUUGUUUGCAGGGAAAAUGAUAAUAUGCCUUUAAAGGAAAAAAGGGUUUUUUGUAGCACUAAUAAUGUUUGGAUAUUCAGUUGUGUAAAUAGUUUUACUUUUCAAAAAUAGUGCUAGUAAAUUGACAGUUGUACAUUCCUGUGAUGAGUAUUCUGCAAAAGGUACGGUCUACAGUUGCUACUACUGCUAGAGAUGAACUGUAUGUCAAAGCUUAAAUGAGUCACUGAGUACUUUCUUUUAACUAUCUAAAGUGGAUAGCAUUGUGAUCAGUAAGAUGUAGUGUUUAAGGUACUCUGCUUCAUUGAUUAAAACGCUACAAGUUUAUGGCAGUUUAACAGUAAUACAAAUUUCAUAGUUCUAAAUGUCCUUUUAAAAAACUUUUUUCCCAAUUUGUAUGUUUACCUUUCCUGGAACGAACAUUUAGUCUCUGGACUUUUUUAUAUCAGUUUUUUUUUUUAAACCCACAAACUGAGGAAUAAAUUACCUCUGACUGCUUA